AUGGCCGCAACGGAAGAAAAGGCCAAAGCGGCAGCCGAUCGCCAGGAGAAGAACAUCGAGAAUGACGGCCAAGAGAAUGAGGCGGUCGAGAAGUUUCCGCCUGAGGAGGAAGCAGCCCUCUUAGCCGAAUCCAAUACGAGCAAGACUGAGGCGAACUCUCUGUUUGCUUCGUCAAAGUAUGAGGCGCCAUCACAAACUGUCUCGACGGCUACCGCUGCCCUUGACGGUCUCGAUCGCAUCGACAAGGAGGAGGCCCUGCGCGCCGACGAGGCCGCCAAGGCCAAGGCCGCCGAAGACGACGUGGAGGAGGAGAUUGUGUCGUCCGGCGCCGGCAACGCGGCCACGGCUCCCAUUGAGGAAGACGAAGAGGACGCGAAGCGACGGAAACGCAAAGAAGACGUGCUGCGCAUCCGGGCCAAGGCACUCAUGCGCAGGGCCAGGGCCCGCAGCGAAAAGGGUGGAUGGUCCGACCUUUCGGGGGCGGAGGAGGACUACAAGCUCCUUGCGCAGAUGACGAACCUGGCUCCCGCCGAUGCGAAGCUUGUCAGGACGCAGUUGAGGUUGCUUCCGCCGAGGACCAAGGCAGCGCAGGAGAAGGAGACGGCUGAGAUGUGGGGCAAGUUGAAAGACCUUGGAAACGGCAUCUUAAAGCCGUUUGGAUUGAGCACCGAGAACUUCCAGAUGGUCAAGGACGAGAAGACGGGAGGGUACAGCAUGAAUUUCAACCAGGGAGCGGGCAAGUAG